GUAUUUGAUUGGAGAAAAUUUUCUUUUAUCAGGGUGGUUUUGAUAUGAUAUGUAGUGGAAGAGAUAAGAUUGAAACUCCAGAGCAGUUUCAACAAGCUGCAGAUACUGCCGCGAAGCUUGAUUUGGAUGGACUUCUUGUUAUUGGUGGGGAUGACUCUAACACAAAUGCCUGCCUCCUUGCUGAGAAUUUCAGGGGAAAGAAUUUGAAAACUCAGGUGAUUGGGUGUCCAAAAACCAUUGAUGGUGACUUGAAAUGCAAAGAAGUCCCAAUAAGUUUUGGGUUUGAUACUGCUUGCAAGAUAUAUGCAGAAAUGAUUGGAAGUGUCAUGAUAGAUGCCAGAUCAACUGGAAAAUAUUAUCACUUUGUGCGGCUUAUGGGGCGUGCAGCUUCACACAUAACACUUGAAUGUGCUUUGCAAACUCAUCCAAACAUUACAAUUGUUGGAGAAGAGGUACCUUUGAAUGACUUGUCUUGCCUUGUAUAGCUGCUCGAUUAAAAUUUAU